AGGAAAACCAGAGAAUUACAUCUGGUGACCACUUGCUACUGGCCACUGGCUGCGACUUGCGUACCCUUUCAGGACGUCCUCGAAGAUAUGUAUUAGUAAAUAAUUGAAUAGAAUCGAAAAUGGAUUCGACAUUGAAAGAAAAAGCGGAGAGCAGCGAGGAAAUCCCUAUGACAGAGAAAUCCUCAGAACCGGAAGGUCACAAGACAGAUUUGAAAGAAUUAGUCCGUCCUGGGCCCGACGUUCCGAAGGUUUGUUCCUGUCGUUGGGUUUUCUGUUACUUCAGCUGCGUGGCUAUGAUGUUUGUGUAUGCAGUCAGAGUAGAUAUAAGUGUGGCUAUUGUCUGCAUGGUGAAGAAGAAAUAUAAAAAUGACAGUAGCUAUUCAAACGAAACCGAAUGUCAAUUACCUGAAAAAUCUGAUGCGGCACAUCAAGCAGAAUUCGAAUGGCCUGAAAACCUUGUUGCCAAUGUACUCGGAGGAUUCUUCUACGGCUACACAGCUUCUAAUAUCCCUGGAGGUAUAAUUGCAGAUAGAUUCGGUGGCAAAAGAGUGUUCGGUAUUUCCCUGAUGUUGGCCGGCAUUCUUACACUUCUGCAUCCGGUUUUAACGCGUGUCAGCGGCUAUUUAACAUUAGCAUUAAGAAUUGGAACCGGAUUUGUGUCAGGGCCUUUGUUUCCAUCGAUGCACUCCAUCUGGGGUAGAUGGGCUCCUCCAAUUGAAAGGACCAAAUUAAUGGCAAUAUGUUAUGCAGUUAAUCUCUUUUCUUACACAGGUGGCGCUACAGUGCUUUUUAGUUUGACUUGGUUCUAUAUCGUCUACGACAGCCCCCUUCUACAUCCUCGUAUCUCUAUCAAAGAACGGGAGUUUUUGCAUGAAGCCGUUCAAGCACAUACAACAGUGAAGAAUGUUCCUUGGCUCUCAAUAUUCACAUCGCGAGCCAUGUGGGCUAUAAUUGUUGCUCACUUUUGUUACAAUUGGUGUAACUAUACUUUAUUGACGGUACUACCAUUAUUUAUGAAAGAGGUUUUAUAUUUUGAUAUCAAAACAAAUGGAAUGAUGUCGUCAAUUCCAUAUUUUGGUCAAUUUCUUGGUUACACGUGUAUCGGACCCUUGGCAGAUUCCCUCGAGAACCGAAAGAUUAUGAGUACCCGCCAUAUGAGAGUCUUCUUACAAACUAUUUCAUUCCUAGGUACAGCAGCGUUUCUGAUCGGAACUAGUUACAUCCACUGCACAGACGCUAUGGUUGCUGUUGGUCUUCUCUUUUUUGCUGCAGCCUUCAUGGGAUUCAGUGGGGGUGGAUUCUUUGUAAACCACGUUGAUAUCGCUCCAAGUUAUGCCGGUGUGCUCUUUGGCAUCACAAACUGUAUCAGUGCGCUGUCUGGAUUCCUGGCUCCCAUCCUCGCAAAGGGGUUAACUCCAGAUGGAACUCAAAAACAAUGGCAAAAUGUGUUUCUUGUUUGUGCAGGAUUUUGUGUAUUUGGAGCCAUAUUCUUUGCCAUUUUUGCUGGUGGAACCAUUGAGAAAUGGGCUAUAGAAAAAGGAUCUACAGUCGAUAGAGAAAAGAAAAAGAGUCUACUACUUCGACAUACAAGUGAAAACUCGUCUAACCAAAAGGAAGAGAAACAAUUGUAAAGAUAUUUAUUGCAGUCCCUCCUCCUUCUUUUCUUUUUCUCUCGAUUUCCUGUGAUGUUGUUAAACUCUUCAAACAUACAUGGGUAUGGUGAAUUGCUUAUCUCAUAGGCCUUUUUAAAAAUCAAAUAUGUUUUCUACUUCAGGUAUAAGCUAUAAUUCAUAUCCUCUAUAGAAUAUAUAUAUAUAUAUAUAUAUUCAUAUAAGGGCAUUACUAUACAUGAAUGCCUCACGCUAUGAGGGACUCUAAGGUCAAACUACCAUAAUAAACACAUUUUUAUCGAACGCGACGAAAUGCAACUUUCAAAGCUAGCUCCUUAAAAACAGACUAAAUUAUAGAUCAUGAUUUCGUAGUUAUUGCAGUAUUAUGUGUUUAUUAUGGUAGUUUGACCUUAGAGUCCCUCUUAGCGUGAGGCAUUCAUGUAUAAUAAUGCCCUUAUAUGAAUAAAUAUAUUUUGGGGAAUAAAUGAUGGAUUUUUCCCUUGUGAGGUUUUUUUCACGUUAGCUACUUGAUAAAUUCUCAUAAAAGAAUUCAUCCUAUUAUUAAUUAAUUAAAUAAAUAACCAGAAUAUAUUCAGUGCUGAAUUUAUUUUGAAAAAAACACAUGUACCGAGAUGCAAUUCGAAAAUCCCGCCACUUACAUAGAUAUAUAGAGUUAAACAAUCUUCUAUAUGCUAUGAUGGAUACGCGAGGUGUUCCUUUGGUAUGUUGAUUUUCUGUUUAUUUCUAUGUAUCAUGACCAUAUUAUACUGACGAGUAGAAGUUGCAUAAUACUGCAAAAACAACGAAAUCAUGAUCAACAGUUUAGUCUGUUUUUAAGGGGCUAGCUUUGAGAGUUGCAUUUCCUCGCCUUCGGUAAAAAUGUGUUUAUUAUGGUAGUUUGACCUUAGAGUCCCUCUUAGCGUGAGGCAUUCAUGUAUAGUAAUGCCCUUAUAUAAAUAAAUAUAUUUUGGGGAAUAAACGAUGGAUUUUUCCCUUGUGAGGUUUUUUCACGCUAGCUACUUGAUAAAUUCUUGUAAAAGAAUUCAUCCUAUUAUUAAUUAUAUAUAUAUAUAUAUAUAUAAAUGGAAGCGAAACCAUUCAUCACUCUAUAAUCGGCCAUAUAAUUAAAUUCCUUUAAAUAUAUACGUAUAUGUAUGUAUGUGUGUAUAUAUACAAUGCGUACUUACAAACAACCAUACAUACAUAUAUACAUACAUACAUACAUACAUACAUACAUACAUAAAUACAUAUAUACGUACAUACAUAUCUAUAUAUGUGCGCGUGUUUGUGUGUAAAUCUUCGUACGUUAAGAUAUAUGUAUAUAUCUUCAUAUGUUAAUAGAUGCGUAGGCAUAUAACACAUCACUUGAAAAAAUACAAAAGUCGUUAAAAAAAAAACUAGUAUAACAUCCUAAGAAGUGAAGUCUUUCUCAUUCGUACAUCCACAAUAACAUAUAAAUUAUUUUUAUUGGAUAAAGCAUUUAUUGUCACGAUUUAUGGAGGACUAUUUUUUGACAAAAGAUAAAGAAACGUAAAAUAUUAGAUUCAUAAAGCGAGAUAAUCUUAAGAUAGUCAUGAAAUGUAAGUAAUAGAUAUGAAGCAUAAAUGGCGAUUAUUUGCAUUGUGUAUACGUAUAUAUGGAUAUAUAUAUAUAUAUAUAUA